GUUUGUUCAAGAGCUAUCUUCAAAUCUUACAAUAAAAUCUAACUUAUAUAAAGGAAAGUAGCAUCGUUGUAUCCUCAUGUAGACUAGCAAGAUGUGGAAGAGGAUCAUUAGUGCUUUUGUAGUGUUCAUAGUUGGGAUUUCCAUCGCCGAGCCGUUUCCCAACUGGGGAAUUGCAAUCAUGGUUCCAAACUCGGCCAUUAUCACAGCCGGAGGCAACAACAUUGCUAGCGGUGUAACUCUGAUAAAUGGUUCACUUGGUACCUUAAGUAGCGUGUCCUCGGUUGGAAAUAUUUCUGUGGCUGCCAGCACUCUAAUUAACAUGGUGAAAACCCUUGUGAAUUUGAACACUGCUAUCAGGACCAGCCUAUCUGCUGCCAACUCUAACACUCAAUCCGUCGGUGCAACAUUUGGUGCAAUUAAUGCUUCCACUGUCAACAUACCUAGCAAGUACGGCGCCGGAAGUGGUUACUAAUCUGACAAUGUAUCUUGGUGGUUCCAAUGUUGCCGGUAUCAAUGCGACAUUGGUUGCUAUGGGCACCGCUGUAACAAAGCUAACAGCAUCACUUGCUGCAAUGGAAACGGCCAUAAACAACACGGUUUCGGCCGCUGGUGGAAGUACUUUGACUGCCACGAUGGUUUUGAAUGGAAUUCCGACUGCUCUGGCUACAACGAUCAAUAACAAUUUGAAUCUGCUCAAGAGCAGCCUCUCCGACAUGGUGACUCCGAUCAAAGCUAUUGUCAGGAGAAUCACUGCUGCUAAUGCUUUCAAUCAGUUAGUGACCACUGCAGCCACGAACUUAGAUAAUGCAUAUAACACUUUUGUUGAAACUAUAACCACUCUAAUGUCAUCUUCAAACUUAACUGUUACCAACUAUGCAAAUGCUGCAGUGAAGGCUAUGAAGCCUGACUGGACUUCCGUUACUGCAAAACUUGCAGUGUGUUCGACAAACAGUACACUAAAGCAGUAUGUAACCAAUUAUACCACAUUUGUAACAAAAACUUCAACAGAUAUCUACACGACGUUUGUGGGAACUGCUACUAACACAACCAACGGUGUUGCUGCUAAUUUGACAGAUAUUGUUACCGACUAUAUGUUUGAUUAUUAUUUCGAGAUUGCGUUUGUAGCAAAUUCUGUUUUCUUUCAAAUAAUGACAAAAAUAGCCGCAGGAUCGAUUGUUUGCAGCACAAACGUCGGGACAUAUUGGUUAUCAUUGAUUGCGAGCAUGUCAUCAUCAUUUAGUACGUGUACGACGACGGCUAUAAUGAUACUUAAUUUAGCUAUCGCGCAAUUCAACAAUGGUCUGCAAGUCCCAAUUGCUCUCAACCAGCUCGAUAGCAUCUUGUUCAAAAUACACAACUUUUGCGAAAGACAACAUUGCCUUUAGUGAAGCAUUGGCUUGUUUAACGAGUACAUCGAUUGGACCAAACCAACUGCAAACUAUUUUGACUCAAGGAGUAACAGACGCGUUGAGUUAUUUAGUGUCUCUAGCUGAUUCCAUAUCUUUGAUGGGAGGCAUUAUUGAGAAUUUUUACGCCUUCCAAACGGCCCAGCUCUCAGCAGGAUUCACGGCCUUGGGUACGGCGAUUGCAGCUUGUUAACUAUUGACAUGAUUUUGAAGUCUAUUUCGAUAGCAUAAGAUAUAGUAUAGUAGUUGCUAAAAAAACGAGUAAGAUUUAAGUUCUAUCUUAGUUGAAACUAAAUUUUAAAGCAUUCCGAGAAUCGCUACAUCAUCAUAUUGUUUUUUGUUGUGGAAUGCCUCAAAAGGUUCUGGGCCUGACGGAAUUUCUCCAGUAUCCAUGAAAAAUUUUGCAACGGAACUUACUGCUCCAUUGUCCUGGCUUUCCAACUUGUCACUAGCACAAAAAAAAAAUGGAUAGCUCGUUUCUAGUGCUCGUUUUCAAAUCCGGCCGGAAAUCCGACAUACGUCAUUAUCGUGGAAUAGCCAUAAUUUUUUGCAUUCCUAAACUAUUCGAAGCAAUUGUUAACGAAAAACUAUUUCUCCAAAUUAAAAACCGAAUUACUGAGAAGUAACAUGACUUCUUCAGGGCCGUUCAACAUCAACCAAUUUACUUGAACUCAUAAAUUAUUCAUUGAAUGAAUGGAUAAUGAAAACCACGUAGAAGCUCUUUACACAUACUUCAGCAAGGCAUUCGAUCGCAUAGACAUACCAAUGGUACUCCUUGAUUUGCAGCCAGAACUCCUGAAGUGGCUCGAAUCAUAUUUAACUACACCAAAAAAUAGUUAAAUUCAACGUACAAAACUCAAAUCCGAUUCUAGUCACUUCUGGUGUCAAGGCUCUCACUUAAGACCUCUUCUUUUCAUCCUAUACGUUAACGACAGUUCCUUUAUUCACGAAAAACUGAAAGUGUUAAUUUAUGCCGACGAUAAGAAGCUCUUAAAUAAUAAAUAAAGAAGACAUCAAUGCAUUUCAAAAUGAAACAUACAUAUUCUACGCAUGGUGUAAAAAAAGCUUACUAGAGCUUAAUGUGAAAAAAAUGCAACCCAAUACCAUCGUGUCGAAAAAAAAACAACACCGGGAAACCGAACUGUAGCAAAUUCUGAAAGAGUUAGGGACUUAGGAAUUGUCUUACUUCAAACUAACCGUCAUUGACCAUUACAACACAAUAAUCCACAAAGCUAAAAACAUGCUAGGGAUUAUAAAACACUUUUGUUACAACUUUCAGGAUCCGUAUACCAUCAUAACAUUGUAUAUAGUCUAUGUAAGAUCAAUACUGGAAUACUGCAGCAUUGUUUGGUCACCCUGUACACACGAAGAAAGAAUAGAAUCAGUGCAAAAGCAAUUUCUAUUGUAUGCUCUUCGUAAAUUAGGUUGGACAUCAUCCGUCCGUCAACUGUUGUUCUUUCCAGUAGGUACCUAGUUAAUAAAUUACGAGUUGACCCAUGACCAACCAUGCAAAUUGACGUGAUGUUCUAUGCAGCUUGUAGGGAUUAUCGCAGUUAUCUAUAGGUUUCAUACAGUCUCCAGUCAUACUCUUCCAAAGUAUUGCAGAAUACUCAGAUGACGAACAUUUGCACAAAUUCAUGCAGACACAAUAGGUGAAGAAUUGCAUCCAACGCUUUCGUUUGAUUACGUUUGAUUUACUAAAAAUAAUUUUGUGCGGAUUAUUAAGUACUGUUCGUCUCUACGUUCUCAACAUGAAUGGAUUGAACCAUGAUCCAGGAACCGAAUGCAGGGGGAAAUUUGAUCUACAGUUUCUAACGUGUUUGAUUUACUAAUAAUUUACCUCUAGUUCUCAGGUUAGC